AUGCUGUCCAAAAUGUACGAGGACUACCUUGAAGAUUAUGUAUACAAACUGAUGGCUAAACUAGGAAGUAAAAUUUGUCGACUGUUCAAAUCAAGAAAUAAGGAAGAGAAUACAUCAAAUACUGAUCUCGUACCUUGCAACUCAUCACAAGAACCUACUACAGAAAAACUUAUAGUAGCAGAUAUAAAAAAAGAUAAUAGUUUAGAUAUAGUUGAAAAGAAAGACAAUAGUUUGGAUCUAGUUGAAAGUUCGAAAGUAAGUAAAGAAAAACCGUCCGAAAAUUCUAACACGGACGUUAGCGUAAGUCAGUCCACCAGCGACCUAAAAGAGAAUCCCAAAAAGCCAAGCGGAAAUGCAAUAAUAGAGGGAGAAGAGAUGACGAGAGUAUAA